CGGAGACCGGGCUGCGGUGGGAGCUGUGGGACGGGCGGCCACGCCGAAGUUGCGGGCAGCGGGCACGCGAGCGAACCCUGGAGGAGCCCGCGGACCCGAUCCGGGGAUGCCGCCCUUUGCCGGGGGCCGCCCGGGGGGCAGCAAGUGCUGGUAGCCGCAGCGCCACCCCAGCGUCCGCGGCGGCGUGGACGCGCGCUGGCGGGCCGGGGGUGCAGGUAAGGGGCCGCAGCGCGCCCUCGCCUCCCGGGGUGGCGUGGGGAGGAUGGCCUCCCCCUCCAAGCAAGGCCUCCCCGGCGGGGCAGGACUGCUGCAAGGAAGCCGGACCCGAUCCUAUGGCAGCCUCGUGAAAUCUGUCACCUCGCCAGCCCGCGAGAGGCGCAUGGAGCAUCGGCUGGAGCCGGAGGACACCCUCCAGGGCUUGGCGGUCAGGUACGGAGUCACGACAGAGCAGAUCAAAAGGGCUAACCGGCUCUACACCAACGACUCCAUCUUCCUCAAAAAGACUCUCUACAUCCCAGUGCCGGUGGAGCCCAAGGGGCUGUCCAGUGGGUUAAAUCUUGAGGAGGAGGAGGAGGAGGAGGAGGGGAAGGAGGAGACGAAGAAGGAUGAGAAAGAAGAAGCAGGUACUGGCCAAGCCGGGACCACCAAGAAGCAGAAGCAGCCACGAAAGAACGGGGCCUCGGGCCCUGCUCCAAAGCACGACCUCUCAGCCACAGACUUCCUCUUCAAAUUGGACUCGGAGAUCCGCCGGACGAAGCAGGCCGCCAAGAAACUCCGGGAGGUGGCUUCCGAGACGGAUCCGGACCUUGCGGACGCGCCUUCCUCCUCCACGUCCUACCAGAGCGAGCCUUCCCCCCGUACCCAGCAGCGGGCUAUCCUCGGCCCCGUGCCGCUCACGAAGAUCGCCCGCGCUGACUCCCUCCGCGACCAGGAGGACGAAAUCUUCAAGCUCUGAAGGCCCCACGGGCCCCUUCGAAUCCAGCCAGCCCUCGGCCUCCGGGCUCUGCGGGGCUGCUCAGCGUGAGCCCCCGCAGCUUCCCCUUCCGAGGCGUCCCUGCUUCCCUCCCCGUCCGCCCCUCGCCAUCGCUGCCCAUGGGGUGGUGGUCCCUCGGUGAGCGGUCCGGGAGUGAGGAAUUCUGCCCUGAGCAGCAACAGCAGCAGGACCAGAGCGGCUGCGCCCCAUCCCUUCUGGCCCCCGCGGAGGGAGGAGCACCGGGCGGAUUCUCUGCAGGAAGGCCUUGCCGUCUCCUCCAAGCCUCUCCCACCCCCGAUUUCAGAAGGACUCCUUUCGGCUUGCUAGGAAGGCUCCCCCCCUCCCCGUCCCGUACCUCUCCGCUGCUGAACGUCCCCGGCUCCCCAGCGCCUCCGUAUUUAUCUCCUCAAAUUCCCUCCCGUCCUUCUCUGUCCUCAAAAGCUGAGGAGGAGCUCUCCUCUGGUGGUGCUGGGGAGGCCGGCCAAACGGGGCCGUGACGUGGAGCGCUGGGGGAAAUCCCCCCCCGCCCCACAUCUGUUUUGGGCAGGCUGGCGACAGGCGGCCCCCCGUGGGAUCACGAGGGUGGCCAAAGAGUGGGAGGGCGAAUGAACUGCUGAAAUGGAGCUCGGCUGCCUCGUGUGUUAUUUUUCCGUUUUGAUCCUUGGCCCGGAUCCCCUCCGGCACUGCUUUUACCACCUACCCCGUGAUUAAAGGACCGGCAAGCCGCCCUGAAUUUC